ACCGUUCUAAUCCGUAAACCCGAGUCGGUGUGAACCCCGUACUACAUUGCGUCAGAGAGGAAAACAUACCAAUCACCUCCUCAUUGAUGGGACACUAGUUAAGGAAGUAGCCAUACAUCGGUCAGCUGGCAGGGCUGUCACUGUGACGAGGCGAGAACGACCUAGGCAUGGCCCAGUCAAGUAUUACAGACGAGGAGGGCGAACUCACGGAGGAGGCGAUAGCAGAAAUGAAGCGUAUUUUCCGUCAGAUUGACACCACUGGUAACGGUAAGAUCGGAGCCAACGACCUGAUGCGGUCCAUGCAGCUCGGAGGAUGUAACCCCACCAAGGAGGAGGCUGAACGCAUCAUCAAGGAAAACGACAUGGACGGGAGCGGAAGUGUAGAAUACGAAGAAUUUGAAAACAUCAUGAAAAUCCACAUCCUAGCACUCGAGUACCAAAACGACAUUCUCAGGGAUGCCUUUAAACGGUUCGAUAAAGACGGGAAUGGAUCACUGGAUCACGAGGAGCUCCGAAGGGUUCUCUGUAGUAUCGGGGAAAGUUUCACUGAUGAGGAGGCCGACGAGAUGUUCACACUGGUGGACGCAGACAAAAACGGGAGAGUGGACCUGGAUGAAUUCCUUGCAGCUUUCAAAGCGUCGUGAUAAGACAGGUGCCCUUUAAACAAUGGGAGUUCGGUCGACAAAAUAACAAAACAAAAAAACGAAUAUUGUGUUGUUAUCAACGACUUUAAUCUACAAAAAUACAUAAGUUAUAAGUAUCGUCAAACUGUUAUAUAUAAGAAUAACUGUCAUUUAUAAACACUAUCAUAAUAAACUUCAUAUUUUUCUGUAUAUUCUCCAGACAUUUGUCUAUAUUGAACAGACAGAUGUGUGUACGCGAGCUAUAUAUUGGUGUUACAAGUGGCUUUGUUAAAUGACAAUGCGCCAAAAAUGAAAUUGGUUGUAAAAAGGUAAUUAAAUAAUUAACUUUGUAUGUAUCAUAUAAUGGAUCUGCUCUACCUUUUAACUCAGUACAUAUUAUUCAAUUAUAAGAAUUUUGUGGUUGUCAGUUCCUGUCACGUGUCAUUAAAGCAUUCCCACGCUG